AUGAGCUCCAAAGACGGGAAAAUGGCAGUUGCCCUCGUUGGCGGAGGGACGAUUGCUCCACUCCAUGCUGAAUACCUUCUUUCUUCUCCCACCUGCUCUCUGGUCGCGAUAAUCGAUCCAUUCCUCCCAGGAAAGGAACUUGCAUUCAAACUUUCGGUACUUCAUUUUGACUCUAUAGAAAAUCUUCGGGACUCCUGCUCCACGACUCCGGAAGCAUAUAUUAUCUGUGUCCCAUCAAAUCUCCACAUAUCGGUGGCCCAAGAAUUACUCAAUACCAUGUCACCAAAAGCAAUUCUUAUUGAAAAGCCCUUUUGCACAGACUCCAAGUCAGGUGAAAGCUUUCUUCGAACUGCUAAGAGCAAAAAGUGCACCAUACUUGUGGGCCAUCAUCGCCGUUUCCACCCAUCCCUUGUCCGUGCCCGGCAGGUCAUCAACAGUGGUCAAAUCGGUAAAAUCACAGCAAUAUCUGGAUCAUGGACCGUGAAGAAGAAUGAUGGAUAUUAUACCUUCGCUGAGUGGCGUGGCUCCCGCUCUGCUGGUGGUGGUCCAAUAUGGACCAACUUUGUUCAUGAUAUUGAUGUUCUACAUUAUCUAACUGGAUCCAAUGUCAUUCGAGUGUGGGCAACUGGAACCAUAAGCCAUCGAUCACAUCCUGGGAUUCCAAAGGAUGAUAAAGUUGAAGAAGGAGCAGCAAUUAUGCUUCAAUUCGCGAACGGAAUUGUCGGAACCUUCAUCGUCAGCGAUAACGUAGAAAGUCCAUUCGGAUGGGAAGCCGCGACAGGAGACAACCCACUUUAUCCCCCCGCUCCAGUAAAAAUUGACUGUUAUCGUAUCUUUGGCACGCAUGGAACGCUCACGGAGCCCGAUGGAGCGAUAUGGCAGUACAACGAAAGAGAUGCCAAAGAAUUGAAAAAGGAGAUCGGGUGGAACGUUGCUAUCCGCCGAGAACAACUGAGCUUGUCAGAUCAAAUUCCUUUCAAGCAGCAGAUCGAGAAUUUGUCUCGAGUGACUCGAGGAUUAGAGGAAGCUCAUUGCUCAGGAGACGAUGGAUUGAAUGCAGUCCGAGUAUGCGAGGCUGUUGUCAAGGCUUUAAAAUUAGGAGAUGGCCUUCCGAUUGAAUUACAUUGA